AUGAGGGUCUUCGUAUUACUCUUGGCUUCAUGUCUAGUCGUUGCAGCCAACGAGGUUCCAACGAUUCCAGGAGAUAAUAGUCAUUAUGUGGAAGGGAAGAGCCGUUAUAUUUGGAUGACAGACGAUGAAGGAGUUCACCAUCUUGUUGAUUUACACCAACCAGUAGAUAUGGACUCUCUAAAUGCAAGAAACGGACAUUACAAUCAAUACUGGUUAUUUACGAGACAAAACCCACACCACAGGCAAGUUCUAUACAAUGGAAACGCGAAUUCUGUACGAAACUCUAACUACAGAGGCAACCGUCCAACAAAAAUUAUCGUGCACGGUUGGAGGAACGACGGCAACUCACAUAUGAAUAUAAUAAUAAGAGACGCAUUCCUCGCUGUUAUGGAUUGCAACGUUAUCGUCGUGGACUGGGGUCGUAUCGCUGGUAAUUUGAAUUACCCCCAGGUUGCUGCAGGCGUUCCCGACGUCGGAAACCAUGUGGGACGUUUCAUUCAAUUCGUGUUCAACACAGCCGGUGGUAAUUGGGACCAGCUACAUUUGGUCGGUUUCAGUUUAGGAGCUCAUGUGGUCGGUAAUGCUGGACGGCUAAUCGGUGGUCGAGCUCGAAGAGUUACAGGCUUAGAUCCAGCUGGUCCAUCGUGGCACGGAAAUGGUCUGGCACUAAACAGAUACUCUGGCAGAUUCGUCGAAGCCAUUCACACAGACGGCCAUAUUCUUGGUCUGAUGGAUCCAAUAGGACACGCCGAUUUCUAUCCGAAUGGCGGAAAAAAUCCACAACCAGGCUGUGUUCUAAGCGAUUGCUCGCAUUCGCGCGCUAACGAUUUCUUCGCUGCAACUGUCCACCAUGGGCAUUUGGUCGGGAGACAGUGCCCCAAUGUCUGGGAGGCGGAACUGUCCAAUUGCCACGGUAACGCUUUACACAUGGGCAACGCAUACCUUGGAAAGCAUGGACAUGGCCUCUACGGACUAAGAACUGGAGCUAACUGGCCGUUUUAA